UUGAUAUUUGGUGCUGGAUUCAUUGCUUUUUGUAUAUAUUAUUUAUUUUUUAAAAGUGAAAGUCUUCCUCCAAUCCAUGUGUAUCCACCCGGUUAUAAAUUUGUCCUAGAUGAGGAUCUUCUUAAUAGAAUAUUAGAAGAAGAGAGCCUUCUCAGGGAAAGACGCACUAGGAGACUAUGCUAUGCUUGUUUAACAAUGAUAAAGCGAGAUGCUUACAAUAUUUUAUCAAAAGUGAUAAUACGAAAAUGCAAUCAUUCUUUUCAUCCACACUGCUUAUUCAUGAAAUUGCGUAAUAAAGAUGCUUGUAAACAAUGCCCAAUUUGCAAAACUCAUAUUGAACUCGAAGACCUAAUCAUUCGCUCAGCAAAUGCAAGACUUGAACGUCUGUUCAAAACUCGUUUUGAAAUCUUAUGGAUCGAUUACUUAUGUGAAUUACGUCAAAAGGAAAACUGUGCAAUUUGUCUUGAGAGCAUGAUCGACAGUGAUUGUUCGAUAAUUACAAAAUGUGGUCACAUGUAUCACACCAUGUGCAUCUGGUUAUCUUAUAUGGAUUCAAAAAAGUGUCCAAUGUGUAGGAAAAUCAUUAUUGGUAGAGAUAUUAAAGAUCUAAAUUUAAGACUAAAAUAUAUUUAAAUGAUACUGAAUAGGUUUUCUACUUUUUGAUAUUUUA